AUGAUACUGAAGACUCAGCUAUCCGCACUUCACACCUCACAUUCCGAACGGGAAGCGGCACCCGCUCGAUUCGAAGAGUUUUCCUCUUUCAACAGUGGUGCUGCUGCCAUUGGUGACAAAUUCCAGAGCCGCAAUCUCGGUGAGGCCUUACGCAAUAGCCACGGUUUGAAAGAAAGAGCCCAAGCCCCCGUGUCCAUACUCCAUAAAAGCCCCUCCGAUCGUCCCAAAGUCUGGCACCCCCUUCCCUGGGCGACCACAGCGGGCCGCGCAAGUCUUCUGGCCCCCGAAGUUUCUUGGAGUGUAAGACGCGAAGAGCCUGGAGGGGAGAGAGUCAUGUUCACAUCUUUCGGAAUCAGUGCGUCGUCGGUGCACGCUCCCUCGAUAUGCCUUCCAGGCUUCCAGACCAGCUCUACUCUAAAGCCAUGGCAAGAGAACUAUCUGGAUCGCCUCACAGCCUGCCACGCUGUGGCGAUGGACGGCGGCAGGCAGAGGUUACAAAAGAAGGGCCGGCCGGUACUGACUUCCCCAAUGGGAGACCAAAGUUCCGUCAUUCACUGGUUCACGAGGGGGGCGGCUCUCCAAGUUCAAGUCUUCGCCGACGGCAAUCUGCGAGUCAUGGAGCUGGCUCGCAAUCAGGAACUGGGAUGA